UGCGCGUGUUAGCAUGAAGCAACUCCUACAUCAUGUAUGAUCCACUAGUUGUUAGCUUGAUGCUAACCAGAGAGCUUCGGUUUAAAAUAAGCAGCGUUUGGCUUUACGCCUGAAUCUGGGGGAUAGUUAAAGUUCGUGCUGUGAAAAACAACUUGAUUCAUCCUCCGCUGCCCUUUGAAAUCCACAUCAGGCCAGCAGUUAACCAUCAGGGCUGGUUGGUGGCUAACCAUGAACACAACGAGAUGAAUUCAGGGUGGUGACGGAAAAACUAGAGUAUGUGAUGCGUCGUGUCGCGUUCUCCGUGGCUGCGCACACGGAAACAAGACGUCCCGAGUCCAGGUUUUUACAGCCUCAGUCUGGCUCUCUUAAAAUGCUGAUUUUUGUCUUCUUGGAGGAUUGUCAAGGGAUCGAAAUUGACUGAAAUUGUUCUUGCAGGCUUCACUGACGGGUAUUCGACCAGAGAAAUACACCUUUGGAUUCCCUGGCUGUUUGAGAUGGAUUUAAUCUUAAACUCCUUAUAAACCACUUUUUGUUGGGAGUUUCUUUAUGUAUGUUUGCUCUAUUCUUAAUCAAUCGUAUUAACCUUUUCCUUUGAGGCUUAAAGCUGUAAAUUAGUAAUAAUGGUUGUUGAUGGAGACACGACGUCGGUGGGCAGUGGUGUUCGGCUAAAGCAGGAGAUUUCCCUCCUCCAUGGGGUCUGCCUCAUCGUGGGAAACAUGAUUGGCUCUGGAAUCUUUGUCUCUCCUAAAGGAGUUCUCAUGUAUACGGGCUCUUACGGCUUGUCUCUGGUGGUGUGGGCCAUCGGAGGCAUAUUUUCUGUGUUUGGAGCGUUAUGCUACGCCGAGCUUGGUACCACCAUCCGCAAAUCCGGUGCUUCUUACGCCUACAUUCUGGAAGCGUUUGGAGGCUUCUUAGCUUUUAUUCGGCUGUGGACGUCCCUGAUGAUUGUAGAACCAGCCUGUCAGGCAGUGAUAGCCUUGACCUUUUCCAACUACAUGGUCCAGCCUUUCUACCCCACAUGUACCGCCCCUUAUCACGCUGUCCGCCUCUUUGCAGCUGCAAUAAUAUGUUUACUGACUGCUGUAAACUGCAUGAAAGUAAAAUGGGGAGCGAUUCUCCAGGUCAUCUCCACUGUAGCAAAGGUCCUAGCUCUCAUCGUCAUCAUCAUUGCUGGCUUGGUUAAGCUGGCUCAAGGUUCUGAUCAGAAUUUUGAGGACUCCUUUAAAGGCUCGAAGCUGGACCCAGGUGACAUGGCCUUGGCUCUUUAUUCAGCGCUCUACUCCUACUCUGGCUGGGACACGCUCAACUUCAUCACAGAGGAGAUCAAGGACCCAGAGAGGAAUCUGCCUUUGUCCAUUGCAAUUUCCAUGCCCAUUGUCACAAUAAUCUACAUUUUAACCAACGUAGCUUACUAUGCGGUCAUGGAUGCUGACACAGUGCUCUACAGUGAAGCUGUUGCAGUGACGUUUGCAGAUGAAGUUCUGGGCUGGGCUCGAUGGCUGAUUCCCGUUUCUGUGGCCAUUUCUUGCUACGGAGGCCUUAACUCCUCUAUCAUUGCUGCCUCUAGGUUGUUUUUUGUUGGUUCCAGAGAAGGCCACCUACCCAACAUGCUGUGCAUGAUCCACAUAAAACGUUACACCCCAAUCCCAGCCCUACUUUUCAAUGGGGGCAUGUCCUUAAUUUACCUGUCCGUGCCUGAUGUCUUUCGAUUGAUCAACUACUUCAGCUUUAACUACUGGUUGUUCAUCGGCAUGUCUAUAGCCAGUCAGAUCUACCUCCGCAUCAAAGUUCCCGAUAUGCCGCGUCCUGUUAAGCUGUCUCUGUUCUUCCCGGUAGUUUACUGUUUGUGCAGCAUUUUCCUGGUGGUGGUGCCUCUCUACAGUGACACCAUCAACUCUCUUGUUGGAAUUGCUGUUGCUCUGUCUGGAGCACCAGUCUACUACAUCUGUGUCCAUCUACCUCCCACAUCUAAACCAGCCUUCCUUGGAAAAAUGCUUGAUAAGAUCUCUCUGUUCACCCAGAAACUGUGCUUCUGCUGCCUGCCCACGCCGGAUAUUGAUCUGGACAACAUAGACCCAGAGAAGAUCGAAUGAUGCAGUGACCAAGAACCCUGAGAAAAGCACUUGAUGGUGAAUGAAUGGACAGAUAAAGGAAACUGAGUUGCACAUCACCAGGGAUGAGAUUAAAAGAAUAAGGAAAACCUCCUGCCUUCUUCUUCUCACAUCUUACAAUCAGAAAGGCGGCAGCAGGAUGUCUCUCAGCGUGCGCGCACACUGUAACCCGUGCACACAAGCAGUUUACAGUGUUUUGAUUAGGAGUUGAAAGUGUGUAUGUGUGUGCGUGUGUGUGUGUGUAAAUGGCAGCAGCAUAGUGAGUGCAGAAACUCACUGGCAUUCCUCAGAGAUCACAGAAACAGUUUUGCACAUCUUCUAUCACAGUUUUGUGGGUUACAAAAAGUUUUAUGUAUUCCUGAACCGAAGGACCACCUGCAGAUAUGUAGAGAUUAUUUUACGUUUUUCAGGAGUUAUGAGAUCAAAAGUGCUGUUAUGUCAGGUUGUUUUUCACUUUAUCAUCGUUUUAUUUUGAAGACAUCAAAAUCUGCUCCUAGCAGUCUCCUUCGUGAAGGUAAUGCUAACGUCCAUCAGCAACUUAGAAGUGUCUUUGCCCACCAUAUUUUUGUUGAAGUUGUGCCUUAUUUUUGUCUUUUUCCUGCCUCUUUUCACACAUGCGCAACCAACUAAAGAUGGAAACUAUUUCUUAGAGUUACUGUGAUUGUUGUGGGAUUAAAUACUCAGAGGCAAACCUCAGGAUCAGUCACGCUGUUUUUGCUGAUCCCCGCCAGUCUUAAGGGAUUGAAUAACACGUAGGACUUUUAAUGUUUCACUGUUUCACCAUAGAACUAGUAGAAUUAUACUUGGACCGUCUCUUGUGUUAAGCAGACGUGUGGUGUUUGGACUACAUGUAGAAAACUGUAUGUGCCUUCCUGAGUGGUGAAAUUUUUCUGUUUGCUGUUGUAACGUCUUGAGCAAAAUCGUUAAAGUCUCUGUAACGUAGCCAGAUGUUCUUCUUGCAGAUGUUGGACCAAGCAGUCCUCAUAUUAAUAUGUUGUCUUUACACGAGCACUUCCACAAAUCAAGUUAAUAACUGACACAAAUAUAGUUCAUGUGCUCAUUUGCUUUCUCUGGGAUUCUAGUAGUCAUUAAAAACAAAUUGUAGUGGCUUAGUUUUAAAAAAAAAAUAUUGCAUUACUAUAUUCAGCCUAUUUCCAUCAGAUAUGAACUUAUAUUUGACUACGGGAAGUGAGUGUUGCAAUAUAGGUGAGUGCUGUUUCGGUGAGUACCAAAUGUUUGUAAAUUGUUGUACCACAGAGGUAAUGGUGAGUUCUUGUUUUUACCUUUUCAUUGAACAUAGACAAAUCAAAUGAUGAAAACAGCUUAAUUGUGUAAGUCCUGUCUCACCAGAAGAAUGUGUGUGCUCUGUGUUUUAUCCAAAUAAAGUCCAAAAUGUGUAAUGGUG